CUACGUGAAUAUAGGAGACCUCUGCUCACGUAGUAAUCGCGUCUUGGACCCACCACGUCAUCGCAUGGAUUCGGUCUCCACUACCACCAACGUACAGCUUUCUCGACGUCUUACUCACUUGAUGAAGCGCAACGCGGCGAUCAUGAUAAGAAGGGUGUCCCAACUUUCACUCAAUCUUUUUACUAUUUUGACAAAGCGAAACAUGAGUUCAAAACCCGACGGUCCGAUCCGCUUCGGACCUUUCGAGGUUACAUCACAGGUCUUCCUCACAACACCACACUCGUUCGCUCUGGUGAACCUCAAGCCCCUCAUCCCAGGCCACGUCCUCGUCGUCCCGCACAGGCCCUACAAGCGGCUGACGGAACUGUCGGGCCCGGAGCUCACGGACCUGUUCCAGUCCGUCCAGCGCGUCCAGCGCAUGCUGGCCCGGCACUACUUUCGCCGUGUGGAAGGGUCCUCGCCCGCCGCCACCAGCCCCUCCGAGCUAGGGCGGCGCCGAGGUCUCGAUGACCGUGACCAGCCCCGAGCCCCCGCCCCCGGCACCCCCGAGGCGGGGAGCUUCAACAUCGCGAUCCAGGAUGGCACCGAGGCCGGCCAGACCGUGCCCCACGUCCAUGUCCACGUGAUACCGCGCAUCCGCGGCGAGACGGCCAAGCCGGAUGAUGGGCCGGGCGAUCAGGUGUACGAGCUCAUGGCGGCCGAGGAGGGCAACGUGGGGGGACACCAGUGGGAUCGGUGGGCCGAGAGGAGGCCGGUGCCCGGGGGUGCGUUCCCGAGGAUCGAGGAUGCGGGCCGCGAGGCUAGGACGCUGGAGGAGAUGGAGGAGGAGGCGGAGACGUUUAGGAGGGUUCUAAGGGAGGUGGAGGGCGACGGAGAUGACCGGUAGGGGGUUGUUCCGCUGAUUGGGAGAUCAUGUCGCAUCCGGAAGGUAAAGGGGGGUUAUAAGGGCCCUCCAUCUUCAUGUUUGUGACCGACCGUUCAGUGUUGACACUUCUGUACAUUUACAAUAAGCUAUGGCCAGAUGAUUAUUUCAAAUAGUCUAGUUUGUCUUUCACA